AUGAACUUUGCAAAAAACUCUGUGAAAUCUUUAGCAGAUAUUCCAACUUUUAAAUCAUUACCAUUGAUAGGUCAUACAUAUUUAUUCUUACCAGGUGGAAAAUACAAAUCUGAGAGAUUAACAGAAGCAGUAGCAGACAUUAGCAAACAGCUGGGACCUAUUUUCAAAUUGAAUCUUGGUGGAAGCACUCUUGUAAUCACCACUGAUGCUAAUAAUACAGAAACACUUUUUCGAAAUGAAGGAGUUAAACCAAUUAGGCCCCCAUUUGCUGCAUUAUGGCAUUACAGAAAGAAAGUAUUUAGCAGUGUUGGUGUUGUUCCAGCAAAUGGAGAAGAGUGGUACAAAUUCAGGGGAGGCAUCAAUACAUUAUUGAAUCCAAAAUUAUUAGAAACCUAUAGAAAUGAACAGGGAGUAGUAGCCAGAAGGUUUGUUAGUUACAUUGAGAAGGAACGUAAUCAAAAUCUUGUAUUGAAUGAUUUAGUUGAACACCUUAUGAAGUUCUCCAUUGAAGCUAUUUCUCUGGUUUGUCCUGGUUACAGAAUCAAUUGUUUAACUGAUUUUGAUGCACAUACAAAUGAAAUAAUUAAUGCUAGUAAAAUGUUCAUGGAUGGAAUGUACAAAACAUUUAUUGGGCCUCCUUUAUGGAAAUUUUUUGAGACAUCUGGGUAUAAACUACUGAAGUCAUCCCAUGAAGUUAUAUACAGAGUCAUGAAGAAUAAUUUGGAAAACAUCAGAAAUCAGUAUAAUACAGACCCUCAAUCUUUGCAGAAUGAACAUCCUUUUAUGCAUGCUUUGUUGACAAACAAAAAACUCAGUGAAGAAGACCAGACCAUGCUUGCUAUGGAAGUAUUUUUAGGUGGACUAGACACUACAGCUACAAUAACAGCUUUAACAUUACAUUACUUAGCACAAAAUAAGGAGGUACAGGACCAAGCUAGGCAAGAAGCUCUAUCAGAUAGUUACUCAUAUUUGAGAGCAUGCAUUAAGGAAACACUUCGUUUAUCCCCCACAGCAGGUGCAAAUAGUAGAGUUCUUAUAAAUGAUACGAUAUUUGGAGAAUAUCUCAUACCCAAAAAUACUCUGGUUUUGGCAUUCAGUUCAGUAUCAUCAUGUGAUGAGAAAUAUUUUCACCAGCCAAAGAGUUAUCUACCAAAUCGAUGGUUGCGUGAUUGCAACAUAGAAUUCCAUAAGUUUGCAACAUUACCUUUUGGUUAUGGCCCGCGAAUGUGCCCUGGAAAACGUCUAGCUGAAAAUGAGAUCAUCAUAUUACUCAAAGAGAUAUUGCGGAACUUUGAGUUGCAGUCCCAAAACUCCUCAGAAAUUGGGAUGGUUUACAGGAUGAACAGGAUUCCAGAGGAACCGGUAAAUAUCAAAUUCAUCAGUACAAAUCACUAAAUAUUUAUUACUUCAUUGUACAACAAUACAUAAUGUCUCGAUUUACACUUAUGUACAUUUUCCAAAUGAUCAACUAAAUUUUAAUGUGUAUAUAAUGUUUGUACAAUAAUUUGAUUAAAGCUUUUGGGACAAUUUUAGUCGUAGUUGAUGUCACAUUUGAUAUUUUGUAUUUCCUAUUGUCGUUUUUUCAUUUUUAAGGCGAAACCAUAACAUAUAUAGGAAUUACAGGAUUAACAUUGAAUGGAGUUGUGAUGUGUAUAAUUUUACAGUGCUGUUCAAGGUUUGGAAGUGGAGUUCAUAGCACUGAAAAUAACAAUGGUCUUUCUGACAUAUUCUACCACAGUUGUGAAUUAGUAUUAAAGGUAGCUGACCUAUGGAAGCACUUUGUGGACGAAUAUAUGGAAGAUAACGAAAAAGGUGUUUGAAGAUUUUGAAAGUUAUCAUUUCAUUGAGUGCAUAUAACUCCUGAAUUUUUACUUCCCACUUCCCACCGUUCGUGUAUUGAACAAAAAAUAACAUUAAAUAAAAUAGAUGCAUUCAUAAUAAUUCAGGAAUGUGUGCUGAUGAGAAAAAAUGAACUUUAAUAAAAUUAUUCCAAAACAAAUUUACAUAAAGAAUCGUGAGUCACAUUCGAGAACAAUAAAUAAAUUUCAAUUAGUCAAAAUGUACUGAAUUUGUUCCUUAUUUGUAUUUACAUUCUAGUUAAAUGUACAUUUAUUUCACCCAACUGGUGCAUAAUAAAAUUUUAGUGUAAAAUAACAAAUUUCAUAUAAGUAAAACUGAAAAACAAAUAUGAGGUAAAAUAGUGCUCUCACUUCAUAUAAUCAUGAUUACAUAAAAUUAUGAUAUACUAUCUAAAACGAGAUUCGUAAAUAUUUCAAAAAACUAAAAUUACAAUUACCAACAAAAAAUAUAUAAAAAAUCACAGAACAAUAAAGAAAUACUACAUAUAGAAAUAUGUUAUCUCUUCCUGAUUUCUACAUAUAGGAUUAUACAAAAAGCAUAUUGAAUUUGUCAGGGUUGCCACCGCCUUUUUCAUUUGAAAUUCUCUUAUUCAAUUUGUGGGAAUUCAGAAAUAAUAAUAAUUAUUACCAUUAUUAUUAUUCUAGACAUUUCUAAAAGAAUAUUCGUUGUACUAAAAAAAACAAAACAAACAAUUUACAUGCACGAAAAUAAAGACAUAAUGAUGAUGAAUAGUAAAAAUCAUAUUAUUAAUAAUGAAAAAGAAUGAAAGAUUGUCUCAUUUAGUUUUGAUGAUGCUGAGUGCCAAAUAUGUAUAAUUUUUUCAACAAUUAAGAAUAAAAAUAUUACAAUUCUAAAAUACAUGGCUCUUCAUAAAAUAGUACGAAUUUUCCUGUCUCCAUAUGAAUUUCAUAAUCUUACAAAACGAAAACACGUUUUCUGGUAUUUCACUGGUUUGUUAUUCUCUGCAGUUUUUAUAGAACAUACUAGAUUCGUAGUAAACCUAAAGCUUUGUUCAAUAAAAUGGCCAUGGCACAAAAAUUAAUAGGAAUCAAUUCUGUCUUUUAGUAAUGAUGAGUGAGAUCUCAAUUACUUUCGUACUCCAAAGUCAUAAUUAUAAAAUAAAUGAUAAUUUGGAAAUGGUACCAGGCAGUGAUUUUGAAGCUUUUGCAUCAUCCUAUAGGCAAUUAAUACUAAAAGAUCCAAUUGCACUUUUACAAACACCCUUACAAAAUUCAGAAUUAAUCAAACGUCUCGGGUUUUUUUGCGUUUUCAUUCAGGAAUGCCCACAUAAAGUAGGAGUUGUGGUGGUGCAAGUUGAAAAAAAGAUGAAGAUGUUGGGAAACUUCCAUGUAGACAGGUAAAAGUAUCUUACUACCAAAAUUCAAUAGGCUUAUCAGAUUUGCGAACCGCAAGCUACUGGAGAUCCAUUUGUAAUAUUUCAAUAUGAACUGAGAGGAUGAGACAGUCUAUUUUUUAUGCUAGAAAGCAUUCAGGUAGCUUCAGGGGGACUUGUGUUUUCAAAAUGUCCCUAAUAAGAGGCAAACCAAUACAUUUUAUUAAAUAUCCAAUGUGCAAAUUUCUCACUAUAUUUUUUGGCAUGGCGGGAAAAGUCAAAUUAUUAACCUUGAAAAGUAAACUGUCUACUGUGACCACCGCGAUAGAACCUCUCUAGACCACUAUGGAUUGCAUGCAAGAACUCAUGCAGAUGAAUCACCCGGAGGAACAACAUUGAAACACAACCUCACUUUUCUUAUUUGUUUACAAGUGAUUGAAAUAGUUUUUCACAAUUAUUUUGGCAUACGAAUCGUAUUUAUCGGCAAUUUAUUAAUUCGCUCAUACCAUCACAUCGUGCUGUUGUACAAUGCACAAAAACUGCAACAGAAGACGAAGGAAUCCUGUUGGUACAUUAUGAUUUAAAAGUAAGUACCUACUAGUCACUCACAUUAUAGUUUUCACUUCUGAAAUUUCUCUGAUUUCCCAUCGGAAUUCCUUCUGCAAUAGGAGCUGAUGGAAAUACACAUGGAAUUUCUUGAAUAAUGCAAGAAUAUUGGAUUUAUAUAAUCAAACGGGUGGACUGGUAUGCUGACGAAAUAUAAUCGUGUGUGUUGUAGACAUUUUCAAUCUAUUAGCAGUAUUAGCUUCUAUUGCAGAAGUGGCAGAAGGAAUUUGAAUAAGAAAUGACGAAGUUUCAUACUGAAAACUAUGUGUAAUUACUAUUUACCUGAAAAAUCAUAUUCCUUCGUCUCUCGCUGGAUUUUUUGUGCAUUGUACAACAUCACAAUCAGAAGGCAUGCUUGAGUUAAUAAAUAGCGCAAUUUACCUGAAAAAUCAUAUUCCUUCGUCUCUCGCUGGAUUUUUUGUGCAUUGUACAACAUCACAAUCAGAAGGCAUGCUUGAGUUAAUAAAUAGCGCAAAAAACACGAUUCCUUUGACAGAAUAUUGUGAAAAACUAUUUCAAUCUUUUGAUUCCUCUGUAAACAAAUAAAAAAAGAAAGGUUGUGUUUCAAUAGUUUACCUCCAGGGUCGGUCAUCGUGCACGCGACCUAUAACAACUACAAAAUUUCAUCCAAAUUGUUCGUGUGAAAACGGAUUCAAACUGUCAUUCAUGACAUCGACUUAUGUCACUUGAUGUUCUAAAACAUGAGUAAGAGUGAGUAAGGUAUAUGACAGGUCCUAAAUGCGCAAGCUCGACGGGAACCAGUUCCAUCUCAUAAUCGACGUGAAUCAGCGUGAAUCUCUGACGGUACCAACAAUUUUGGUUAUGAUAAUCUAUUUGGUGCGUUUCAGAAAUGCCUUUAAACGAUUAUAAUGCAAAUAAAUAAGUUUUUUCCACCACUAGCUUAGCUAUGAAACCUACCUUUAUUUACUUCUUUUCACACACAGUUCCAAACACAGCUCAGUACCUGUGUUUUCUCAAAGUUUCCCAUCACCUUCAUGCCAAAGUUUCAUAUUGUAAUUAUUCAAGGUCCAACAAAGUUUUGUCCAGAAAGAACCACGGGAAAUUAAAAUUAAUAUAACAAAUAAACCCUCGAAAGUGUAUGAACAGAACCCAUAUUUGAUAUGAACAUUCACCAAUGUACAAAUUUCUCGUAGUUAAACUUCACAAUAUAAUGUAAGACAACAAACUGCCCAGUACGUAC